AUGUUUUUGCUUCUUCAACUAAUUGUUAUCGUUGUGGCCUUCAUCUUUGAUGAACAUGAAGUCGCAGCACAAUAUGUACCACCUUACACUUCCAUAGUUGUUCCGGUAACUAAACAUAUCGAUGCUGCUAAGCCUCUUUAUAGCGUUCAGAUCAAGACAACAUAUGUAAACAUGGAUUACUUGCACGCAAACUUUCUAAUAGACGUCGAUGCUCCUUUCAUAUGGCAUGACUGCGUUCUACAAUGGAACAUAUAUCCAGGCAGUUGUCCUGCCAACACGCUUUGCACCUCCCCCGUUUCUUGUGAAGAAUAUCAAUGCACCGAUGUCCGAACUACAUACUCAUACGAGAAUCCUUCCUGCCCUCCGGUGACUAACAGUUCGACGUUACCUGGUUGGGGAUAUUGCACGUGUCCGGUCAACAUAGUAAACCCUGUUACCGGAUCGUGUAGCCAAGCCCUGCUCAACUAUAACGAAUUCACGGUGGAUGUUAGCAACGGUAGAAAUGUUUUGAAUGGUGUAUAUGGUGCAUACCCUAACGCCGCGUGUGUUCCUUCUUCGUCAUUUGCAUCAUUCCCUGCAAAUGUUACCGGGGUCAUGGCGUUUUCAUCCUCGCCUUACGCGUUCCCGGCUUAUUUAUAUCAACCACUCAAGAAAACGUUAGCUCUUUGUUUGCCUAGCUCCUCAUCUGCUCCGGGGGUUCUGUUUUUUGGAGCUGGUCCUUAUUACCUUCUUCCCCAUUUAAAUGUUGACGUAAGGAGUUUGCUUUCUUAUACUCCAUUGCUAAAGCAUCCAGAUUCUUUUGGAUACUUUAUCGGUGUCAAAGCCAUUGUAGUUAAACAGAGAUCAAUCGAUCUUACAGGGAUUACCACUACCAAGCUUAGUACAAUCGAGCCUUACACCACUCUCAGAAAUGAUAUUUACACACGUAUGGUCCAGAUGUUUUCAAUCGCUACCAUAGGAAUCCCUCGUGCUAGGCCGGUUGCACCGUUUGGCCUUUGUUUCAGGAACUUCACCAUUAGCAAUCGAGUUUCUUUUAAGGUUCCAGAUAUCGAUUUUGUUUUACCAGAUGGAAAGAAGUGGACUAUAUCCACGGCUAACUCCAUGAAGCAAAUAACAAAAGACGUGACAUGCCUGGCAUUCGUAGACGGCGGUGCAACACCUGAGCAUGCGAUCGUGAUUGGGACAUUUCAGAUGGAGGAUAACUUUCUGGAGUUUGAUUUAGAGAAAUCAAUUCUUGGGUUUAGUUCUUCGCUGUUACUUGAGCAGACUUCUUGUUCAAACUUCAACUUUACGGUGGUCAAUAUCAGUUGAAAAGAUAUUCAACUGAGAAUGAAUUAGUAUCCAUCAAUGUAAUAGUUUGCUUAAUUUCCUAUUAAACAACUUCUUGUUUAAUGUUC